AUGGCGGACGAGGAUACAAGAUCAGCACCGGAUGUUCCGCAAGUGUCCAUCAAUGACGAGGCCUCGAAUCUGCCGUCCACGCAGCAGAGCCAAGGGAACGCAGACGUGACGAUGGCUGAUGUACCGACAGACCAAGCAUCACCGGCACCGGCUGCUUUCGCUCACAGCCCAGCUCCUGGCCGGACAGGGACUCCGGCGCAAGGAUCAAGAGCUCCUUCGGCGCACCCAGACUCGGGAUUCAUGAUGCCUUCCGAGGCGCCUCCGCAUGGUGAUUCGACACGGCGAUACCUGAACACAAAGGUUACCGGUGUUUUGUUGGAAGGAAUGAAGAUGUUGGCCAAGGAAAAGCCGGAAGACCCUCUGCGAGUGUUAGGCGAGUACUUGAUACAGCGAUCAAAGGAGAUGGAAGGUACAGGGUGA